GCGCCCCCUUGCGGCGUCAUACGGCGUGACGUCACUUCAGCACCGUAGAGGAGAAACAGCUCCUUCCGCUCGACUAAUGGACCCGAAUCCGUGACCGACCGAAAACACGACGAACAGGAGGAGAAACCGGAGGAGAAGCGGCAGAAAAGCAGCAGCAGCAGACCCGCGCGACAUUUGACGACCGACAUCAUCACCAUCAUCAUCAUCAUCCGGAGAGCAGAGGUGUGUUGACCUGCAGCGGUGCCCGUUCUGAAGGGUGGGUAACUCAGAGCUCCACCCGCACCCCUUCUGCCCCCAUGGCUUGUGUCCAUGAGCAGCAUGCCCCGUCCCCCUCCCUCUCCGGCUUUACCACACCACUCUCCGACCCGCCCUUCUGCCGUCCUGACCCUGAGGUUCCGGCCAGCACCCCGGACACUGAGCUGACCCCGACCCAGUGCGUGCUGCGUAACGUGCUGUCUAUUGACCCGGUGGGCGGCGGCAGCGGCACCCACAGCAACAGCCCCACCCUGAGCGAUGAGCCCACCAACUUCUCCAACAGCGUGCUGAAGCUGCAGGAGGGUGGAGCGGAGGGCGGAGCGGUGCGCAGCCAGGCCGACAGCUUCAGACUGCAGCCUGGCGGAGGAGGCUUCCUGGAGGGCCUGUUUGGGUGCCUAAAGCCCGUGUGGACCAUGAUCGGAAAAGCCUACUCUACUGAACACAAACAGAGCCAGGAGGAGUGCUGGGAGGUGCCGUUCGAGGAGAUCUCGGAGCUGCAGUGGGUGGGCAGCGGCGCUCAGGGCGCAGUCUUCCUGGGCAAGUUUCAUGGAGAGGAAGUGGCAGUGAAGAAAGUCAGAGAUAUCAAGGAGACCGAGAUCAAACACCUGCGCAAACUCAAGCACCCCAACAUCAUCACCUUCAAGGGUGUGUGUACACAGGCUCCAUGUUACUGCAUCCUCAUGGAGUACUGUGCACAGGGUCAGCUGUACGAGGUGCUGCGUGCAGGCCGGAAGAUCACGCCGUGCCUGCUGGUGGACUGGGCCAUGGGCAUCGCCGGUGGCAUGAACUACCUGCACCUGCACAAGAUCAUCCACAGAGACCUCAAGUCUCCAAAUAUGCUGAUCACACACGAUGACCUGGUGAAGAUCUCCGACUUCGGCACGUCUAAAGAGCUCAGGGAUAAAAGCACCAAGAUGUCGUUUGCUGGCACCGUGGCCUGGAUGGCACCGGAGGUGAUACGGAACGAACCCGUGUCUGAGAAAGUGGACAUCUGGUCAUUCGGUGUGGUGCUGUGGGAGAUGCUGACCGGGGAGAUCCCCUAUAAAGAUGUGGACUCGUCCGCUAUCAUCUGGGGUGUCGGAAACAACAGCCUGCAGCUCCCUCUUCCAGACAGCUGCCCUGAUGGGUUCAAGAUCCUGCUCAGACAGUGCUGGAACUGUAAGCCCAGGAACAGGCCAUCGUUCAGGCAGAUUCUGCUUCAUCUGGACAUCGCUUCUGCAGACGUGCUGUCCACCCCACAGGAGACAUACUUUAAAUCUCAGGCAGAGUGGCGAGAGGAGGUGAAGCAACACUUUGAGAAGAUUAAAUCUGAGGGCACAUGUCUGCACCGUCUGGAUGAAGAGCUGAUCAACCGGCGCAGAGAAGAGCUCAGGCAUGCGCUGGACAUCAGAGAGCACUACGAGAGGAAGCUGGAGAGGGCCAACAACCUCUACAUGGAGCUCAAUGCAGUAAUGCUUCAGCUGGAGCUCAAGGAGAAGGAGCUGCUCAGGAGGGAACAGUGUCUGGAUAAGAAGUACCCUGGUCUGUUCAAGCAUCACACCUCAAACACAGUGGACAAACUCAUCAAGAAGAGAAGCGUCCCACAGAAACUGCCACCUCACGGCAAGAGACCGGACCUCCUGCGCUCAGAGAUCAUCCUCCCCAAGAUGGAUGCCGGAGUGCUACAGGUGACCGUCCCACCAUGUUCAAACCGAGGGUCUACCUCACCCAGUCGGGCACGCAGGGUCAAAACCCGUCACCGGCGGGGCGGCAGGGGGAGCAGCGGGGAUCUAUCCGGACCCAAGCACCCUUCUGCCCCUGCCAGCCGAGAGCGCGAGCCUGUAGCCAACACGCCUCCGCCUGCUGCGCCCAUUGCCGAGAACGUUUCCGGAUCCACCAUGAGGGAGGGUCAGCUGGAGCCACCACCGCUGAAGCUGUCCUCAUCCAGCCCGGACCUGCUGAGCUCCACCCGUCGGGUCGAAGACGGUGUCAGUGGAGCCGCCACACCUGAAACCAUGGGCCGGGACCCCCGCGGGGGCGCAGAGGCAGGCGCCGGGCUGGACGAGACUCCACCCAGAAGUGACACGGCCAGUGAGGACGCGGCGUCGCUGCCAUUCUCCAGCAGCCCAGACUCCCCCUGUUGUGGGCGGAGCGGCGCCGUGGGCAGACCGCAGGCAGAGGAGCGGGAGGAGGGCCCCGGGGCUGUGCGGCUGCCCAGAGGAUCCAGUGGGAGCCACCUGACGCCCUCCGCCAUACUGUACCGCGCUGCCAUCACACGCAAACAGCGACGUGGUGUUUCCUCAGAGGAGGAAGAGGGCGAGGUGGACAGUGAGGUGGAAUUACCAAGACGACGACGGCCAACCAGUAUAACCAAGUGCCAAUCAGUGUCCACGUUCAGCUCAGAGAACCUGUCGGUUUCAGAAGGCGAGGAGGGCCACACCACCGACCAUUCCCACAGCGGGACUCCAGACGUAGUCAGCACCAACACUGACGAGCGGCUGGACGACCGCAGCGAUGACCUGAUCUCGCAGGGCUCCGAGAUCCCUGUGGACAUCACAGACCCAACCCUGUCUGAACGAGAGGCUGCUGCCCUCGAACAGGAGAGGGCCAACUUUGACCUGGAACAAAACAUCCUGGAGACGCGUGCGCUCUGUGAGGACUCGGACUGUGACAGCGCUGAACUGGACCAGUCUGGCAGCGGAGAGCCGAGCCGUCCCCCGAGUGCUGGAGGCUGGGGCCAGGGUCCGCAAAACUGAGGCGCGCACACACAUAACCUGUGCAAUCAUGCACACACACAGACACACACACACACACUACACCAGCGCACAGUUUCACUUUUAGUUGCACCAAAGCGAAACUGACACGCAUUUAUGUGACACACGUGUGCGCACAGGAUAUCUGAGAAUCGCAACAGACACAAAAUGACUAGCCACCUAAAGAACAAACACACUGGUUGUACCCGCGGCGGGGUCGGACACUGCCUCGUGACCAGGACGUAGCCACGGAUAAUGUAGGCAGGAUUGCAGGAACUAUGUAAAAAGAUCAAUGCAAUGAAACACUUCAGGGCAUUCCCAAUAAUCAGCAAUGAUGUUUCCGUUCGGUUUACGCUGUUGUAGUGCAGACUGACCUCCUGGUGCUGCGUCAGCUCCGUUAAUGCCAGGAAGGCUUGCGGUUAGCGCUCGCAUUUAAAGUCAAAGACUGCGUCCGAAAUCCUCUACUCCAGUAUGAAGUGAAGUGAGCCUUGUCAACUGUGGCUUUCAUCCACUGCUUUUAAUCCAUUCAAGUGCACACACAAACACGUUUUGAGCGCUGGGUCUCCUCAGCUGGGUAUGGAAGACGGAGAGAGUGCCGUUCCAUUCCUGCUGGGACUGACAAUUGCAACCUUUCAAUUACAAAUCCAGCCAAUAGCGUGUUGUUCUCCUCACAGCUCUGCCAGUGAGAGUGGUUAAGCUCAAGUGCAUCAGAUGAGCAGCCAAUGAGAAGAAGGGGGCGGGGCAUGUCAGACACUAGAGAGCAUUUGAUUGGUCAGAAGAUUUAAUGAGAAACUGAAGUAUGAGGAGACGGCAGAUAAAAUUAUUGCUCCAUUUAGGCGGAAGAGACACACUGCAGACUGUAGAUGUUUAUAUCAGGUUAAUGUCUUCUACAUGUGAAUGUUUUGGAGACUCUGGAUUGUAGAUAUGCCUAAAACUACUGAUAUUAACAUCUAAUUUCACUAGACUUUUACCGCAGUUGGGCUCUUCUCGCCAUACUAUGAUGAAUUCGGCCAUACUGCUCGGCUCACAUACUGUUUUACACAUCCUAUACAGUAUGAAGUAUGUGAUUUCGGACGCAGCUCAAGUCUUGGCUGAAUCUUCCCAGGAAUGUAUAGUUGUGGAUGAAACUCCUGACGGCAGGAAUCUUCAUCCUUCAGCCUGGAUCAGGUAGUUCUGCCAAAACUGUACUUCAUUAAGCAGUUUAGACAUGACGUACACAUGAUCAGGUCUGACUUCACCACUACACUACCUGACAAAGGUCUUGUGAUCGAUCUCAGUUAUAAGAGCAGCACAUAAUACCUGGACUUCUAGUUGAUCAUAAAGUGUCAGAAGGUGGAUUUCUCUGAUCAAUCAUCUGUUGAUCUGCAUCUCAAUCAUCACCAAUACUGCAGAAGACCUACUGGAACCAGCAUGGAGCCAAGAUUCUCACAGAAAUCAGUCAAGUUUGGUGAAGGAGAAAUCAUGGUUUGGGUUAUAUUCAGUAUGAGGGUGUGCGAGAGAUCUGCAGAGUGGAUGAUCAACAUCAACAGCCUGAGGUAUCAAGACAUUUGUGCUGCCCAUUACAUUACAAACCACAGGAGAGGGACAAUUCUCCAGCAGGAUAGCGCUCCUUCUCAUACUUCAGCCUCCACAUCAAAACUGAAAGCAAAGAAGGUCAAGCUGCUCCAGGAUUGGCCAGCCCAGUCACCAGACAUGAACAUUAUUGAGCACGUCUGGGGUAAGAUGAAGGAGGAGGCGUUGAAGAUGAACACAAAGACUCUUGAUGAACUCUGGGAGUCCUGCAAGAAGGCUUUCUUUAGUAAGUCAGACCUUGCUGUCCUGAUUAAAUAAUUAAAUAAAGGCAUGAUCAGAUUUUAUUGUGCUCAAAUAAGCAUAAUCUAGAGGCCUUUGGCUUUCAUAUGAGCCACUUCUGAUACCAAAUGAUCAACUAGAAGUCAAGUUAUGAUCUGUUAUUCCUAAAACUUGGAUAGGCAAGACGUAGUAGGCAAGGUAGUGUAAACUGCAGAAAACACACUUCUUAUGUCGAGUUUUGUCUUAUUUCUAGUCCAAAUAUCAGAAAAUUCUGAAAUCAAGAAGCAUUUCUAGACAAGUUUUAAAGAAUAACAUGUCAAAAUCAAGUGAAAUUUUCCUUAAAACAAGCUAAAUAAUCAAUAGUGAGACAAUAAUAAAGUAAUAAAGACAAUAGUGAGUAAAAUAAUCUUGUUUUUCUCUUGACAUGAAAUGAUUCUGCUAGUUUUAAUGAGAAACUCUCUUCAUUUUGACUCAUUUCUCAGAGCAACACUAUAUAUGUUGUGCUUGUCUAGAAAACACUGACUGAUUUAAGAAUUUAUCCAUAUCUGGACUAAAAACAAGACAGAAACUCUAAUAAGAAAAGCAUUUUAGCAGUGUAUAUACAGACGCUUCCUUUUCAAGCAUUUACAAGGUGCAGACGACAGAUAGACAGACGUGACUUGACUAUAAUGCCCUGAAAUAAUGUAAAUAUCUAUUUAGUAAAGCUAUUCUAAGAGUACAGAAAUAACAUUUAUUUGUAAAGGGAUAAUUCACACAACACUUCUGUCAUCAUUUACACGCCUGUUGGAGUUUCAUUCCUCUAGUAAACACAAAAGAAGAAACACUGUAAGAAGCAUCUGCUAAUGAACACUUUCUGUGUUGUGUGUUUAUUUACAGUGGUGAACUGCAUUAUGGGAUGUUGAUCUCUGCUCUGUCCACUUCUGAUGCUGUAAAUUCAACUCUACAGUUUAACAAAGUGACUUUUAUUGACAUUUUAGUGGAUUGAAAUAAUCUAAGAGAUAUAAUAUGUAGAGAAAUAAGUGUGUAAGAGAAUAGAGAAUGAGCUGCAGUUUAUCACAAGGCUUCUGUAGUGUAAUAUACAACACCAACACACACAAUAUAGCACUGCACACUAUUACACAUGUGCAGAACACACACUUUACACACUUAUCAAGGUUAAAAGGUGUUGGAGGAAAGAUCAAGAUCUCAUAAUGUAACUCAGAGGCAGAAAUAAAUGAGGAAAAUGAGGCACAAAAUACAGAAACUGCUCAUUUCUGGACAUUUUUAUAGUGUAUUCUUGUAAAAUCUGGUUGAUUAUGAGUCCAUUCUUUGAGGAAAAGACUAAAACUUGUUUUUGAGCUGGUUUGAACGCUCUUGAGGGACAGUAAAUAGCGAGUACAUUAUCAUUUUAGUGUGAACUAUCCCUUUAACACAGCAGAAACACAUUCAGAAUAAUACAAGGUCCCGUGUGUAUGACUCUCCAGAGCUCGUGCCACUUUACCACGGCAGAUCACACUGACUGGAGAUCAGCGCAUGUGUGUGUGUGUGUACAUGUACAGUUCUAGACUUCACACACACACACACAGAAAUGUAAAUGAUUUACGAUGAGAUGGAGGAAUCGGCUCCAGCUCUUACCUCUCAGAUUGUCUUUCGAUACUCUUUUCUUUCAUAGGGACAUGCAAUAUGUACAUUUCAGCCGAUGGGGAGAAAGCACUUUUAUUUUCUGCACUGUACAUAACGUAUAAAUGACAGUAAAUGUAAUGGAUAUGAAUCUAGCUUGCCAGAUGUAGGUCCGAAAACAAACACAAAGGGUCCCGUUCCUGAAGAACUAAACGCAUGAGAUACAUUUGUAUGUACUUUAAUUUUUAAAGCGAUUGUUUUUAUACAUCUGGAGAAAUGUUUGCACCUUUUUUACCUUGAAUGUGUACUGAUGUUGUGUUGCUUGUAGGCACUUUACAGUAGGAUGUUUCUAUACAUGAUCACGUUCUCAUGUUGCACUGAAACAGAUGUAUUUAUGAUGAUGACCAUAGAUGCAAAUCCACCCGUUCAGGAGGACGGACGUGAAGACAAACGUUUAAAACUAGUACUUUACUUUACCUUCUGAUGAUGAUGAUGAUGAUGAU